AUGGUUGACAAUGAAAAGUCAUGCGUUUACAAGAACCCAGACGCGCCAGUGGAAGCGCGUGUAAAGGACCUUCUCUCACGGAUGACUUUGCCGGAGAAAAUCGGCCAAAUGACUCUGAUUGAACGCACCGUCGCUUCACCCGCCGUCUUUACAGAUUUCUUCAUCGGUAGUGUACUAAACGCUUGUGGGAGUUGGCCGUUUGAGGACGCAAAGUCGUCGGAUUGGGCGGAUAUGAUCGACGGUUUCCAGCGAUCAGCGUUAGCGUCGCGUUUAGGAAUCCCAAUCAUCUACGGUAUUGACGCCGUUCACGGCAACAACGACGUUUACGGCGCUACCAUCUUCCCCCACAACAUUGGCCUAGGAGCCACUAGAGACGCAGAUUUGAUCGCAAGAAUUGGAGCUGCAACAGCACUUGAAGUAAAGGCUUGUGGUGCUCACUGGGCAUUUGCUCCGUGCGUGGCAGCCGUGAGAGAUCCAAGAUGGGGAAGAUACUAUGAAGGUUAUGGUGAAAUUGCUCAAAUUGUUUCUGAAAUGACUUCACUUGUCUCUGGUCUACAAGGCCAACCACCUAAAGAACACAAAAAUGGUUACCCUUUUGUUGCAGGAAGAAAAAACGUGGUGGCAUGUGCCAAGCACUUUGUUGGAGAUGGUGGUACUAAUAAAGGCAUAAACGAAGGGAACACUAUUUUGUCAUAUGACAAGUUGGAGAGGAUACACAUUGCUCCUUAUAAGAAAUGUAUUGCUCAAGGAGUCUCUACCGUUAUGGCUUCUUACUCAAGUUGGAAUGGAAAUAAACUUCACUCUCAUUAUUUCCUUUUAACGGAAAUUCUCAAACAGAAACUCGGUUUCAAGGGAUAUGUAAUUUCAGACUGGGAAGGUGUGGACCGGCUUAGCGUCCCACCAGGUUCAAACUACCGCAACUGCGUCAAACUCGCGAUUAAUGCUGGAAUCGAUAUGGUGAUGGUACCUUUCAAGUACAAAGAGUUUAUACAUGACCUUAUAGAUCUAGUGGCGUCAGGGGAAGUAACAAUGGCUCGGAUCGAUGAUGCUGUUGAAAGAAUACUGAGAGUGAAGUUUGUAUCUGGUCUCUUUGAGUAUCCUCUAUCGGACCGAUCUUUGUUGCCUACAGUUGGUUGCAAGGAACAUAGAGAAUUGGCGCGUGAAGCGGUUAGAAAGUCGUUAGUUCUGCUAAAGAAUGAAUACUUUCUACCAUUACAUCGCAAUGCUGAGAGGAUUCUAGUGGUUGGUAAGCACGCUGAUGAUCUUGGAUAUCAGUGCGGUGGAUGGACAAAGAAAAUGUAUGGUCAAAGCGGAAGGAUCACAAUCGGCACGACGCUUUUGGAUGCUAUAAAAGCAACAGUUGGAGAAAAAACCGAAGUGAUCUACGAGGAAACUCCAUCAAAGGAAACUUUGGCCUCGUGGAGAAGAUUCUCUUAUGCAAUUGUUGCGGUGGGAGAGCCGCCGUAUGCAGAGACCCCGGGGGAUAACUCGGAGCUCAUAAUACCGUUUAAUGGUAGCGAUAUGGUAACCGCGGUUGCAGAGAAGAUACCGACUCUGGCGAUCUUGUUUUCGGGACGGCCUAUGGUUCUUGAGCUGCAGGUUCUUGAGAAGACAAGAGCUCUGGUCGCUGCUUGGCUGCCUGGAACAGAAGGGCAAGGGAUUGCUGAUGUGAUUUUUGGAGAUUAUGAGUUUAGAGGGAAGUUACCAGUGAGCUGGUUUAAAAGCGUGGACCAGUUGCCGCUUGAUAUUGAAGCAAAUGGGUAUUUGCCAUUGUUUCCUCUUGGUUUUGGUCUUAGUUGA